GGGCUGACCGAUGAAACAUUUCCCAGAAUCUGUUGAAUUCUUGUCUUACCUGUCAAACGUCAUAUACAGUAGCCUACAGUAUAAAGGCAUCCCUGGUGUGACACAUUUUGAAGAUACAAACAUGAUGAAGUUUGUAGUCCUUGCUUGUCUGGUUGCUGCUGUCUACGGGUGUGGCAUGCCCACCUUCCCUCCUGUGGUGACACGAGUGGUGGGAGGGGAGGACGUCAGGCCCAACAGCUGGCCCUGGCAGAUCUCUCUCCAGUACGACAGAGAUGGUGAGUGGAGACACACCUGCGGUGGAACUCUGAUUUCAAGCGAGUGGGUCCUCACCGCUGCUCACUGCAUCAGUAGCAGGACCUACAGAGUGACCCUGGGAAAGCACAACCUGGCUGAGACUGAGGAGGGUUCUCUGGCUGUUGGUGUUGCCAAAAUCGUCGUCCACGAGAAAUGGAACCCCCUCUUCAUCCGUAAUGACAUUGCCCUUAUCAAACUGGAGACUCCCGUCACCUUCACUGACUCCAUCAUGGCUGCCUGUCUUCCCGAGGCUGGCUUCAUCCUGCCCCACAACGAGUCCUGCUAUGUCACCGGCUGGGGACGCACCGUCACCGGAGGUGCCCUCCCUGACAUUCUGCAGCAGGCCCUCUUGCCUGUCGUUGACCACGCCACCUGCUCCCAGAAAGACUGGUGGGGCUUCCAGGUGAAGGACACCAUGGUGUGUGCUGGAGGAGAUGGCAUUGUGUCCGGAUGCAACGGUGACUCCGGUGGCCCCCUGAACUGCCAAAAUGCUGAUGGCGCCUGGGAGGUCCACGGUAUUGUGAGCUUUGGCUCUGGGCUGAGCUGCAACUUCCGCAAGAAGCCCACUGUCUUCACCCAAGUCAGCUCCUACAUGGACUGGAUCAACACUGCCAUGAUGAGCAACUAAGGCAACAGAGCUACUUUUUGGGAAUCCACUGUCACCGUGUGGAAGGUCUGCUCGUAAAUAAAACAUUGAAAAUAAGAA